CUCUCUUCCUCCCGUCGAGGCUCUCACCCCCAAACGCAUCAACCAGCGCUCUUGUUAUUUCAGAUUGUUCUUUGUGCCACUGUGCCCGUAGAAAACUUUCUUCUCCCUUGAUUGUCAUCAUCCAACCCCUUUCGCAGUUUAUUGCUAGCCUGCCGGAAAACUUCGAUCGCUCUCAGACACACCCCCUCCCUUCAUCCCGCUCGAAUCAACCACCGACUCGCGAUCGGAACCACUUUGCGCUCUCAAUCCUUUCGAGGUGUUCAGGAGUCUGCUCAUCUCAGGCUACCUCUCUGACGUGGUUUUUCGUUAUUUUCAAGAGGCUCUGCUCUGUCAACGCCUCCCGUCUGGCAUCCCUGCCAGAGCUUUUUCCCCCAACAACACGUCGCGGCCGUAAGGCCUCAUCAUAGACUCUUUGGUCUCACUGAAUUCCACGUCGAAACAUAGCCGCCGUGUCAUCAAUUCUUCACCCGCCCCGGAAGUCAUCUCUUCCCUUCGCGCGUGCUUUUUUUCGUUUCCCUUUUCUUUUUUCCUCAGUUUCUUUCCCCUCUUUUUCGUUAGAGGCCGCCCGUCAUGGCCGACCAGGAAGUGGAUUUGGAUUCAAUCAUCGAUCGCCUUUUGGAGGUGAGGGGCAGCCGUCCUGGCAAGCAGGUGCAGCUCUUGGAGUCGGAGAUCCGUUUCCUCUGCACCAAGGCUCGUGAAAUCUUCAUUUCUCAGCCUAUCCUUCUGGAGCUCGAAGCCCCUAUCAAGAUCUGCGGUGAUAUCCACGGUCAAUACUACGAUCUCCUCCGUCUAUUUGAAUACGGCGGAUUCCCCCCAGAGGCCAAUUACCUUUUCCUCGGUGACUACGUCGACCGUGGUAAGCAGUCUCUCGAGACCAUCUGCCUGCUCCUCGCAUACAAGAUCAAGUACCCCGAGAACUUCUUCAUUCUGCGUGGCAACCACGAGUGCGCCUCCAUCAACCGUAUCUAUGGCUUCUACGACGAGUGCAAGCGACGAUACAACAUCAAGCUGUGGAAGACUUUCACCGACUGCUUCAACUGCCUGCCUAUUGCCGCCAUCAUUGACGAGAAGAUCUUCACCAUGCACGGUGGUUUGAGCCCGGACCUUAACUCGAUGGAGCAGAUUCGUCGUGUUAUGCGUCCUACUGAUAUCCCCGACUGCGGCCUUCUUUGCGAUCUUCUGUGGUCCGACCCUGACAAGGAUAUCACGGGCUGGAGCGAGAACGACCGUGGUGUCUCAUUCACAUUCGGCCCCGACGUAGUUUCACGCUUCCUCCAGAAACACGAUAUGGACUUGAUAUGCCGCGCGCAUCAGGUUGUGGAGGACGGAUACGAGUUCUUCUCGAAGCGGCAGCUGGUCACGCUAUUCAGCGCACCCAACUACUGUGGUGAAUUCGAUAAUGCGGGUGCAAUGAUGAGCGUUGACGAGUCUCUGCUCUGCUCCUUCCAGAUCCUAAAACCAGCCGAAAAGAAACAAAAGUACGUCUACAGCUCCGGCGCCGGGCCCGGGCCCAUCACUCCUCCGCGCAAGCAAAAGAAGAAGUAAAACAAAAGAAGAAGAAUCAAUACGAGCUUUCCCAUGUGCAGCAGGUUCGGGCGGAGAUAAGCCAUUUUUGCAACAACACCAUGUUUCAACUAUCGCCUAUCGACACAUACAAGGAACACCAUAACCACCCGCCAAAUCCACCGUCCAUGUCCAAGCCAUAUCCCACGCCCAUUCCUCCAGCCUCCCUCGCGGUUUUUAUUCCCCCGCUCUCAACCACCCCCCACGAAGCGAUGAACGACCGAGGAUCUUUAUGUACGCCCGGGUCUAGCCCCAACGACCACAAUUCCCCCCGUUCUCACCACAAUCGCCGCCACUACACCAAACCCGAUAAUCCACCUUUCCUCUCUUUCUCCCGAUAUCUACGUUUCGGGCUGACCCGGCGCGCCAUUUGACCAUUUCUCGUCUGUCUUUCUCCCCUCCACUCCUCAUUUCUUCUGGCCGGUUCCGGAUCACGCGACCAACAUACAUGUACACUCCCCUCUUGGGACGGAUGAAUGAUUUCGCUUUUCCCCGUUUUUUCUCUCUCCAUUAACCCAAUUCUUCUUCUUUUUGACUAUUUUUCAUCUUUCGUACCCUUUGUUCUCUUUUUCCUUUGCCCUUUUCCUAGUCCUUCUCAUCUACUGUUACUGCCGUUUUUCGCACUUUAUCAUCUGGACGGAAUGAUUACUCUCGGCAUCCUGGAAGGGCGGGGAAACCUGGUUUAUCUUAUCCUUUUUUCUUUUCUUAUUUUCCUUCCUGAUUCGUUCUGUCUUAUUGGUCGAGUUGUUUUGAGUUUAAAUGGAUCGCGUCUGUUUGCCUGAGCUUUUCUUUUCAAAAAUUGGCUUGCAUGUAGG